GAAAAAAAAACAUUCGCCUCCGCGUCGUGGCUCUCCUCCGCCUCGCCCUUCGCCGCCGCGGCGGCGACGCCCACGCCUAGGGUUCGUGGAGCGGGGGGCCCUCCGGAGCCGGCGCCGGCGCCGGCUAUGCCACUCAGAUCGGCCAACCGGCAGCUCUCCUUCGAUCUCCUGGGCGAGGACUUGGCGGCCGACGACGUCGACGACCUCUCCCCGCGCUCCCUCCCGGAGACCACGUCCGAUGGGCAGCGGCGACGGAAGCGGCGGUCCAAGCGCAAGCGCGGGCUCCGGAGCCCCCCGAUCGUGGAGGAGGGCCCGCUGCGCCGGGACGCCGCCGUAGUGGAGGGUGCGGGGGGCGCCGGGUUCGCGGCCGCGGAUCUGAUGUCCGUGUCCGUGGUGGAGACCGUGUGCGAGAGCUCGGAAGCGGAGAGGUCCGCGGCGAGCUGCGUGACGUACGUGGGCGUGGGGGUGGAGCUGCGGCAGAGGAGCGUCUCCGGGAGCGGGAGGUUGGUGUCCCGGGAGGACGCGACCAGCAGCUGCGGCAGCAGCGCGCGGGAGAGCGCCGCGGCGGCUGCUGCGGUGCCCGAGGCGACGUCCGCGGCGUGGCGACCUGAGGCGAACGGUGGCGGGAAGAAGCUGGAGAAGGAGGAUUCACUGGACUGGGAAAGGUACAUGAAGGAGAAUGGCAACGUUCUUGGAGAAGUCGUGCGCCUUGACAAUUCACCGUUCAGAUACUUCCUUGGAGAACUGUAUGGUGGAAAUUCACUUAGAGGCACAAUUUCAGCGGGUAAUGAUAAGAAACGGCAACGAGUCUACAACACUAUGUUUCAUGUGCCGUGGAGAUGUGAACGGCUGAUUGUCGCAGGAUUCUUUGUCUGCUUGGAUUCAUUUCUAUCUCUGCUUACCAUUAUGCCUGCAAGAAUUGCCAUUACUAUCUGGCGGGUGCUUAAAACCAGGCAGUUUCUGAGGCCUAAUGCUGCUGAUUUAUCAGAUUAUGGAUGCUUUGUAGUUCUAGCCCUAGGAGUUGCUUCUUUGCAAAUGAUAGAUAUUAGUUUGAUUUACCAUGUCAUUCGUGGCCAGGGCACAAUCAAAUUAUAUGUUGUAUACAACGUGCUGGAGAUCUUUGACAAACUCUGUCAAUCAUUUGGUGAGGACGUGUUACAAGUUUUGUUCAACUCAGCUGAGGGACUGUCAACAUGCUCAACGGACAGUGCAACAUUUGAGCUGAUGCGGUUCAUUUUGGAUGAAGCUAUCGCAGUUGUUGCAUUUGUUGUCCACUCAUUUGUUCUGUUAGCUCAGGCGAUCACUCUCUCAACAUGUAUUAUCGCCCACAACAAUGCAUUACUGGCUCUUCUGGUUUCUAACAAUUUUGCUGAGAUCAAAAGCAAUGUAUUUAAGCGUGUUAGCAAGGAGAACCUUCACAAUUUGGUAUAUUAUGACAUCAUCGAGAGGUUUCACAUCACAGCCUUUCUACUAUUUGUACUAGCUCAGAAUAUUCUGGAAGCAGAGGGACCGUGGUUUGACAGUUUUCUUGUUAAUGCAUUGUUGGUCUUUAUGUGUGAAGUACUUAUUGAUGCUAUCAAGCACUCUUUCCUUGCAAAGUUUAAUGAGAUAAAGCCAGUAGCUUAUUCAGAGUUUUUGGAAGACCUAUGCAAACAGAUUUUGAAUGACAAAACUGAUGACCGUCAGAAGGACUUAACAUUCAUCCCCCUUGCCCCUGCUUGUGUGGUGAUUCGUGUAUUGACUCCAGUAUAUGCCACCCUCCUUCCUGCUGGCCCAUUUAUCUGGAGAGUAUUCUGGAUUCUGCUUUGGUCAGUUCUGACCUAUUUCAUGCUUGCCGUAUUCAAGAUACUAGUGGGGUUGGUAUUGCGCUGCCUUGCUAGUUGGUAUGUAAAUCUUCGUCUCAAAAACAAACAACAUGUGGACUGAGUACUUCGCACUUCCCACAGAAGAUUGGUGUUGAAUACAACAUCCCUUGGAAGACGUUUGCUGUGGUUCGUGGUUACAGCAACAGCUGCAGCUGCGGCCUGAGUUCAACAUACAUAUAUGCCCAUAUUUACGAAAUUCUUGAUAGUAUAGUACAGCAUAGAGGUUUUCGCUGAUCCAAGGAACGGGUAAAGUCCAAUUUUGCAGUGUUAACAGUUUAUUUCUGGUACCUAUUGUUCAUAGCUCAUAGCUUCAUCAUAUAUAAGUAUAUGCUCCAAGCCUAUGCAAAGCCUUUGCGCUUCUGUCCACAAAGACAUGUUUGUACAUUUCCUUUGGGGAGGAAAAAAAAGACCAAGAUUUAUCUCA